CAAAACUUCUAUAACCAAAAGGGUAUGAUUUGAACAGGAAUUCUUUGGAAUGCAGCUAAUCUGCCAUUGAUUAAAUUGUUCUUUACACUAGUAACCAGUGAUCGAUAUAUAGAACAAAUUUAAUUGCUACUUGCAACUUACUGAUUUGUCAACAAAUAAAUGAAAUCAACAUUGUAAACUGUAUUUAGGUAAUAAUCAAGCACUUCUGUAAUCACUCAUUUAUGAUGGAGAUGUAUUGAAUAUAAUCAGAAGCAUAUCACGUUAUAUCUGCCAUAUUCAGCCUUGUACUCUACUGUGCGUAAGUGUUGGGACAUUAUACAAAGAUGCCGAAAGUUCAGUGCGCGAUACCAAUAUGUGAAUACGAAACUGCUGACCUAGAUGAGGCUAUAGUGGCCGCCUUGAUUACUACACAUGCCAAAGUUCAUGAUGCUUCUGUGACGCCAGCUAAAGCUGAAAAAGUCAAAAGGCAAUCAGUUACAUCCGCUGGCACAAGCCAGGAAUGGUCGUACUUUCUAUCCAGAUAGAAGGAUUAUGUGGAAGCUACCAAAAUUAAAGACAAGGAGUUAAUUAUUCAAUUUCUUGAAUACUGCGAUGCAGACUUCGUAGGGACCUAACGAGGGCCGCAGGUGGAUUUCUUACCAACGAGACAAAGGACAAUGUUUUGAAAGCAAUACCACAGCUCGCGGUUCGAGAGGAAAAUACAAUGGUUGCACGAGUGAUACUUAACAAUAUGUCUCAGGACCAAGAUGAACCCGUACCUGCAUUUUGCGCCAGACUUCGUGGUAAAGCUUGCAUGUGUAAAUUUAUAUUAAAAUGUGGAAAUUGUGAUCAUGAUGUCAACUUAACUGAUGCUAUCCUACGCGACGCAGUCUCAUCCAGGGUCUCUAUGACCAAGAGAUCCAACUUGACCUACUAGGUGCUGAGAAUCAAGACAUGACACAGGAUGACGUUCAAAACCAACCUGACAUUGAAGACGUAACAUACGUCAGGCAAUAUGACAAUGAUAGUAUAUUAGCACUCCUAGAUUACGAAUCUGCCUAUGUGCAAUUGCUUGAGGACAAUUUGUGUUUGGAAAAUGACAACAGUUGUACCAUCGCAGAACAGACAAAUUCAACUUGUGAUGAUAUGGACUGGACAGUGUUGCGUCAUUGAUUAAUUAUGAAAAUAUGUACGCAAGUUUGGCUGAAUCAUUUUACAAAGGGCAUACACAAAUCGAAAAGGAGAGUGAUGCAAUACCACAAAUUGAAACAGAGGAAGACGAAAUGGACAAUAUUCCUUUGGCUGAAUGGAUUCAGAGGAUUUCCACCGACAGACAGAUUGGCCCACAUAAGCAAAACAACAUGCCCCCUCUUCUUCCAAGCGGGGGCAUAACAAAUCACAAUGUUAAAUUAAAAGAUUAGGAGGGGAGAACAACACAUCAAAAAUCACAAUGUUGAUUAAUUAUACAUAGAAUUUAAAAUCAAUCACAACUUACUUCUUAUAUUUAUUUGCAGAAACAGUAAGAGACAGCCAAAGAAGUAUUCAAUCACCAUCAUGAAACCCAGAAAGAUCUAGAAGUGGUAGAUUGGAACAGAUUGUAGCUCAUACUGAUAAAGUACAUUUGCUCUUUAUUGGUAUAUAUUGGACUUUCUGUCUGAAAGUACCCGUAGACAGAAAUACAGUAUGGUAGCCUUCAAUUUUGGAAGACAAAAUAAGCAUUUUGUUGUGGCAUAAAAUUGUAGGUGGCCUGCAAUAGGAUGGUGUCACUUUAAAAAUUUUCAUUCAUUUAUUUUCCAAGUAUAUAAUAAUUAUUGAGGCCUAGGUGAUUUUCUCCCUUUCCUUAUGGCUCAAUGAAAUUUAUUAUGAAUACCUGUAUUCUUUGAGAUAACCAAUUUAGGAUGACUUGAGGCAUUCAGAUUGCCUUAUAUUAACAUUGGAAUGUAUAUACAUGUAUAUAUAAUGAUUAUAGUAUAUAUGGAGAUAUAACAUGUACCAGGAAAAAUGGAAAGUAUUUAUGGAAAUAUAUAUAUUAACUUUAGGAAUAAAAUUCGGCUUAUUGCCUAUUUAUUUCUACAUAUUUUCUUUUGAAAAUUGGGUUUUGUUCUGUGAUGAUUAUUGUGGUUGGGUAUAAAUACCAGUCACCUGCAGCCAAGUGUAUAAACGAUGGUUAAAAUAUACCGUGGUAAGUUAAUUACCAUGGUAUAUAUCGUGAUAAGGUGACUGCACGAUUUUUCAAAUUGUAACAACAAAUUAACCAUGUGGUUACCUAACCAGGCAAAACCGAAAGUUUAACUGUGGCAAUUUUACCUAUAAUGCACCCUGACGUUACAUAAUUUUCCCAGAUGAAUGUCAGGCGGUAAUAUUUACAAACAAAUAUGGCGUCAGGCACAAAAGUGAACAGAGCUAAAAUGUUCAAUCUCCAUGAAACGGAGGUAAUUACAGAGUUUAUGAAGAUUAAUUUACCAACAUUGAAAGCAAGUCAUGCACAGGGAGGGCCUGGAGCUGCUCAAAAGGUAUCCAAGGUCUGGGAGAGGCGCUCUUCAUUGUUUUUGUCUUGCUUCCCGAUGUCAGGGUAAUGAAAGACUAGAGAAAAACAGUAAGAACUAAAUUGUUUUUCCGUAGGUUCUUUUCGGUAUUUUUUCCGUAGGUACUUUUCGGUAAAUUAAUUGCGCAAUUAGAUUAGAAUCAGUCUAUUUUAUGAUAAUUAGGUCACGUGACGUCAAUAUCCCGCAAUUUCUCGGAGUUGCAGCAGCUGGCAGUCAAGAUGGUUUCAGAUGUAACACUUAAAAGAGAUGGAACUCUACCAGUCAGGUGUCUUGGCUUAAUCGAUCACUCAGGCCGAACAAAAGUAGCUUUGUUCUCUCAACAAGCACAACAACAAUUUGUUGAAAACACAGUUGUCGAGAUUAGUGGUGUGUACAAAAAAACAUGGCAAGGUGAAGACCAACUAGUUACUUCUACUGUAACAAAAUGCCAGUUUGUUAGUGAUGAUGCAGUCAAAAGUAACGUAACGGAAGAAGAUGUGAAGUAUUUUGAAGGUCUCACUGAUUUUGGUGGCAGUGGUCACCAACAAGGAGAUACCAAAUUUACUGUCUCGGGAAUAGAAGAUGCAUCUAUUUAUCAUGGAUGUGAUUAUGAUGGUUGUCACAAGAAGAAAAUGGCAGACGGUGUCUGUCCCACAUGCAGUGGUACCACCAGUUUACUAACAUACAGAGUAAAAUUGGAGCUCAUGAAAGAAGAUGGGCAAAUCUUAUAUGGAGUAGUGUUUGAGAAAGACAUUGUCAAUCUCUUUGGUCAAAUAGAUGUAGCUGAAGACACAACACAUGUUGAUCUCAUGUCCACUCUAGUAUACAGACUACCUUGUCAGGUGAAGGGCAACAUCUUGAAUGGGAAAGCUAUCAACCUCAGGAAAAUAGUUGAAUAGAACACUGUAAACCAUACUUAUUGCUAACAAUACAUUUUCAGUGUCAGUUGAAUUUCAGAACAAAUUAUACUUUUUCCUUUAUCUAAAGUAAUCUAAAAUUGAAGUUCAAAUGUUUAAUGAUCAUUGUUUAUUCAUAUAAAUUUGCUUAUUUUUGAGAAAUCUUACAUAAAUAGGCUAAAAAAUUACUGCUAAAACUCAGCUGAGAUUAUAACUAUUAUGACAUGGAUCCUUUGUCUUUUUAACACAAUUUUGAAGAUUUGUAAUGUCAUUUUUCUAAACAUAAAACCAAAUUUUAUAUUGAACAUUCUAUAUUGUGUAUUAAUUCAUUACAAUGCUCAUUACAAUGCUUUAUUUCAUAAUAUAUUCUACAUACCAGUUUUCUUAUUAUUGCACCAUGUAAUAUUUUACUUCACAAUUGUUUGAACAUACAAACAUGUUAACUUACAUCUAUAUGCCAAGCAAGCAUUAAUGUUUUCAGUGCCAUGCAUAUAAAAUAUGACUUCAUUUUAAAGAAAAUUAUUACAAUAAUUUCCUGUAAGAAAUGCCUUUUAAGAACAUUUUUCAAACUCAUAUAGUCCCAUCUAUCUAACUUCACUGCAAUGUUCCUUUGGUAGACAACUUUAAAGAUUGUUCAAAGAAUUUAAUUCCAAGCAGAACUAUGGUUGCCAUGGCAACCUAAAGAACAAACUAAAAUAUCUUCUUUUAGAAAAUCAUAACAGCUAGAGCUUAACUAUUUGGCACCAAACAUUAACUAGUCAGUGUCUUUUAAGUUUGUUCAAAUAAAUGUCCUGGGGUCAAAAUUGGCCACGCCCCGGGGGGUCAUUGAUUUUCCAUAUUUUUUAUAUAGUAAAAACUUGAAAAAUCUUCUUUUAAAAAACCCAAAUAGCUAUGGCUUAGCUAUUAAGCGAGAAACAUCUUCUAAUGGUUGUCUACCAAGUUUGUUCAAAUAAAAGCCCUGAUGUCAAAAUUGGCUCAGCCUUAGGGGGUCAUUGUUUUUCCCUUUAUUUACAUAUUAAAAACUUAAAAAAAUCUUCUUUUAAGAAACCUUUAGAGCUAUAGAUAUUUAGCAUGAAAAAUCAAAAUCUCUGAUGGGUGUCUACCAUUUUUGUUGAAUUAAGAACCCUGGGGUUAAAAUUGGCCAUGUUGCAGAAAUUAUUGAUUUUCUUUAUUUGUAUAUACCGUAGUAAAAACUUAAAAAAAAUUCUGUGAAAAAACCCAAAGAGCUAGAGUUUAUAUAUUAAGCAUGAAUUAUCUUCUACAGAGUGUCUACCAAGUUUGUUCAAAUAAAAGCCUUGGGGACAAAAUUGGCCUCGCCCAGAGAACGGCUAUUUUUUUCCCUAUAUGUGUAUAGGAACCGUGACAUAUAUUAAAAACAUGAAGCUUUUCUUUGAGCUAAAACUUAUAUAUUUAUCAUGAAACAUCUUCAAAUGGGUGUCUACCAAGUUUGUUCAAAUAAAAGCCCCUGGGUUGACAUUGGCCCCACCCUAGGGACAUAUUUACAGGUGACAAUUUCAGGACCAUCAUGGCCCUCUUGUUUACUUUGCUGUCUACUCUAUAGUCAUAUGAUUGUUCAAUAGACCAAUUAUCAUUCACCAUGUCUCUCAUAGUACAAUUUUCUCAGUAGACUAAGUACAUUAAAUAAAUUGUCAUAGAACAAAAACUAUCAAAUUUAUUCACCUACAGAAGUUUUAUUUCUUCUUAAUUUUUUAUGGUCCCAUAACUGUGAGCAUAUAAUUUGCCAAUUCCUCUGUCUUUGCAUUCAGAUGGACAUCAUUUAGUAGAAAUGCAGUGUAUAAGAACUGUUACUCUACCUCACCUAAUUUUGGAGGUAUUGCUCCUUUUAAAUUUUUUCACUUUGAACUUUGUUCUGGACAUAACUUAACUUUGUUCUGUACAUAACUUUUAAAUUACAAGAGAUAUCACCAAAAAACUUUGUAAAUAGAGUAGAAUUAUAGUGGAUAGCUCUAGUUUGCAUAUUUUAAGGUAAUUGCCCUUUAUCAUUUUUUAUACUUUAUAACUCUGAAACUACAUUUUUUUAUUUCUUCCUUCGUUUGAUAUUUAAACAAUUUAAACCUUUUCCAAUAACUAUUCAUGACAUGAUAUAUUUAUGCUGAAUUUGGUAAACACUUU